AUAGUACUCAUAAACCUCUAACUUUGUAGCAAUAUUACAUAUCUUCAGCACGAGAACUUGUGAGGUUGGUUGGAGUAUGCAAAGCUCCAGUGAUACAAAAAUUUUCUGAAACGAUUUCAGGAGCAACGACUAUCAGGAGCUUUGAUGAAGAACCAAGAUUCAGAGAGAAAAACAUGAAACUAAGUAUGUUGUUGCAGAUUGGUAGUUCUAUUGAUUAUUGAUGUAUGUUGAUAAAGAAUGGUGAAGGCAUGUGAGACAACUCAAUUCUGUUUUCUCCUGUCAAGGCAUUGCUGGCCUAGCUGUGACAUACGGACUCAAUCUGAAUAUGUUGCAAGCAAUGGUAAUAUGGAGUCUGUGCAAUCUGGAGAACAAAAUUAUAUCAGUUGAGAGAAUAAUUCAGUACUCUUAACAUUCCCAGUGAGCCUCCUCUUGUGAUCGAAACAAAUCACCCAGCUCAUUCUUGGCCAUCUCAUGGAAAAAUUGAUAUUCAUGAUCUGCAGGUCCGUUAUGCCCCACAAAUGCCACUUGUGUUGCGGGGCCUUACAUGCACUUUUCCAGGAGGGUUGAAAACUGGUAUUGUAGGGAGGACAGGCAGUGGUAAAUCAACUCUUAUACAGACACUUUUCCAGAUUGUUGAACCUGCAGCUGGCCAGAUUAUAAUAGAUGGUGUCAACAUCUCAUCCAUUGGACUGCAUGAUUUGCGGUCAAGACUAAGCAUCAUUUCUCAGGAUCCAACAAUGUUUGAAGGGACUGUUAGGAGCAAUCUGGAUCCUCUUGAAGAAUACACUGAUGAACAGAUUAGGGAGGUGAAUUUGAUUUAUUUUGAAGGGGGAGGAAGUUGUAGUUUGCAGCCUUUCCUCCUAGUAAGAAGCAUUUGUUUUAAUUGGUAUUUGACGUUCAAUGGUUGCUAAAACCAAGUUUUAAUUGAAUUAGGCUCUUGAUAAGUGCCAACUUGGAGAUGAAGUUAGGAAGAAGGAAGGAAAACUAGAUUCUACAGGUCUGACUCUUUUUCUCCCCUUGGACCCCUCCCCUAUUGUAAUGUUCUAGUUUGAUCUCAAAUCCAGUGUUUAAACGGACUCCAUAUUGUCUUAUCUUCUGACAUCUGGUGCUUCAGUUAGUGAGAAUGGAGAAAAUUGGAGCGUGGGACAGAGACAGCUCGUUUGUCUUGGCCGUGUGUUACUGAAGAAAACUAAGGUCUUUUUUUUUGAGGAAAGAAAACUAAGGUCUUAGUGCUUGAUGAAGCUACUGCAUCUGUCGACACAGCUACUGAUAAUCUGAUUCAGCAAACCCUAAGGGAACACUUUUCAGACUGUACAGUCUUAACUAUUGCACACCGGAUAACUUCCAUCCUAGACAGUGACAUGGUUCUGCUUCUACAUCAUGGACUCAUUGAAGAGUAUGAUUCUGCGGCAAGACUGCUGGAAAACAAGUCUUCAUCUUUUGCUCAGCUUGUAGCAGAGUAUACUACAAGGUCAAAUUCUAGUUUCGACCAUUGAACAUCAGACCUUAAUGAUUGCAGCUGAGAGGAGUUUUGUCAUGACAAUGACGAAGAUUUGCUGGGAUGAUUUAAUAUUUUCGCACUUAGCAUUAAAGAUAAUGGCAUCGAGAUGACUCAUCAUGUACUUUAUAUACAUUGUUUGAAAUAGUAUCUAUCUUGUGUGGUUGUGAUAUCUAUUGUUUUUUCAAUAAUAUUUCCGGUUACUUGCUCUAGGUUGCAUAGUUUAUAAGGGUUUCAAAUUAGGGAAGUAGCUAGAAAGAUGAAGAUAUAGUGGUCGGACCCUUUUCAAUUUUCAUCCAGCCGAGUCUUGUACGGUCAAAUAUUGGCUAAGUUGAAGAGAUGUAUCCUUUUGGUGUAUUGUAACUGUAUAUUCAAAGUUGAAACGAUACAUACUGUUCAACACAGCUCUGCUCUAAUGAGAAGGCUGCUGCGUUGCUGCAAUUCAGGACUUCCGUUUCCAUCAAUAACACUGCUUCUGAUUCUGAACUCUCUGCGUUUCUAAAUGAAACUAUUCUCCAUUU